AGAUGAGAGUCACGUGAGGCUCUGAACUCAACACUAUGGCUUCUCAAGACAACAAAAUAUUCUCGACUUCUUGGGAAAUUAUUGUGCUAUUAUGGUAGUUCAUAAAGUACUGGAAAUACAUUUCUUACAUGCCGCAAACAUUGGACUGGGCACCGCGAUGGCAGCUGUUUCAGUGAUCAGUUGCUGACAAGCAGCAAACAGUGCAGAGCUUCUUAUAGGAGCCCACAAGUGCCACAUUCUGAUUAACUGAGAUACAUCAUGGAGUGGCUAGCACCAGCCUUGGAAAGGGACCUGGGUAUUGAUCAGCGGCAGACUGCGCAUAGUCAGCGACCCAAUGAAUUGGUGGUCCUGGUCCCAACCCGCUGGGUAAUGGCCUUGAGAAACAAGAGAGUUACUCGUUGUGCAAGAUAUGAGAGCUUCAGUGAGGGGGAAAUCUGCACACUUCUCCAGCGCUCUCAGAUGAAACUGCCAUCUGGCUGGACACGUGUUUGUAUCCAAGGUCUUCGAAAGCGUAAACUGGGAUACUGUUUCGCCAGGGAGACUGGCUGCCAUGGGGAGGGACUCUCCCAGGACUCUUUCAUGACUCUCAUGCAGGGAGUAUCACAGUCUAAUUUUAGAAAUCUGUGGCAUGAAGCGUACAUGACUCAUGUGCAGCCAUAUGCAGAUUCCGUUGAGCAGACACCUGUUUUGGCCUUAGAUGCUGUUCGCCAAGCCCUGCAGAAACUGUUUAGCUCCAGCUUUAUCUCUACUGAUCGAGUGUCACCAUCCCUAUCUCCAGCUAAAGAGAAAGAGAAAGACUGUCCAUUCCUAUCCAGCUGCUCAGCUCCCAAACAAAGUAUAGAGAGUUUAUGUCCUAAUGUGCUACCUGCAGAAUGCUUGUUGGAGUCGGAGGAGGUUCUUUAUGUGGUUUUUCCAUACACACAAUACACUGUUCAUGAUAUUGUCACCUACAGUCCAGCUAAGCUUGCUAACAGCAAUGCGAAAAUAUUGUUCAUUUUGUACCAACUACUAAUUGCAAUGCGGGAAUGUCAUGCCUCUGGGCUGUUGUGUGGGGAACUCUCCUUACUUGAUAUUGCGGUUGAUGAGCAGCUCUGUAGUCGCCUAAAGAUCUCACUUGCACACUAUGAAAAGUUUAAGGAGUAUAGGGAUGCUGUACCAUAUGCAUUACAAAAUAAAGUGCCAACAAGUGUUUCAACAAAAGACAAUCACAAUAAUGGUGUGAGUAGACAGCUUUGUCAAAAUUGUCAGGAUGAGCUCAAAUCUCUGGUCCUAGACUGGGUCAACGGUCAGGUCAGCAACUUCCACUAUCUGAUGGAAUUAAAUCGACUAGCUGGAAGGCGUGAAGGAGACCCAAACUAUCACCCUGUUUUACCUUGGGUGGUUGAUUUCACUGUGCCAUAUGGAAGGUUUCGUGAUCUUAAGAAGUCAAAAUUUCGUCUAAAUAAGGGUGAUAAACAACUGGACUUCACGUAUGAAAUGACCAAAGAAGCACUGGCAGCAGUUAGCGGAAGUGGAGGAAGUAAUUAUCCUGAUCUUGGUGGACCAGUGGUACCUGGUGGUCCAGGACAGUCGGAUCACCUUCAUGUUCCCCAUCAUAUCUCAGAUGUUUUGUCGGACAUCACCUAUUAUGUCUACAAAGCCAGACAGACGCCCAAAUCUGUGCUGUGUAGCCAUGUUCGUUCCCAGUGGGAGCCCAAUGAAUAUCCAGCUAGUAUGGAACGUAUUCAGAGUUGGACCCCAGAUGAAUGCAUCCCAGAAUUUUACAGGGAUCCCUUAAUAUUUCAAUCCAUACACCCAGAUAUGCCAGACCUUGAUGUACCUCCAUGGUGCAGUUCUUACGAAGAGUUUAUUGCUGUGCAUAGACAGCUUCUAGAGAGUCGAGAAGUGUCUCAGCAGUUGCAUCACUGGAUUGACCUAACGUUUGGCUAUAAACUGUCGGGUAAAGAAGCCAUUAAAGCUAAGAAUGUCUGCUUGCAUUUGGUAGAUAACCACACUCAUCUCACCAGCUACGGAGUUGUGCAACUGUUUGACCACCCCCACCCACCUCGUCUUGCCCUUUACCAGUAUGCACCUCCAGAACCUCCUCACUUUGGACGUGUCAAUCUUACAACAUGGCAGAUUCCACCACUUGAAACCACAAUGGAUGGUGUGGAUGGAUUAGUUCCAGAGGCAACAGGAUGUGAAUCCAGUGGCUGGUCAGUGGUAGGCCGGGAUGAAGAGCUUGAGCAAGCAAUAGAAGCCCUGGACUUAAGUGGAUCGUCAUCAUCUGCUUCUGUUUCAAUCCCUGUGGUUGGUUCUGCUGGUGGAAAGACCAGUGGGGAGACUAUAGGUUUGGUUGUGUCUCCAUCUCAUGGUUCUUUUCCUGGUGAAGUAACUGGAAAUGUCACAAAUACUCUAGGAUCAGGCAUUAGAACUACCUUGCUUCACAGAGCAGCAUCUGUUAGUAAAAAGCCAGAAACCUCUAAUUUGGAAGACUUCAAAAUAAGCCUGCCAGAUGGAUUUAAACCUUUGCAACCUUUGGAGGAGUUAGAAAAGCUCAACACCUUUUUGGUGAAAGGUCUACACUCUGAAAUCCAGCACACAAUGGAUCUUGAUAUGAACAAAAAAGACUUGAGACCUGUAUUGAAAGUUCCUCUCUCCUUCACAGAUCUUUUCCAGAGAGAUAUGCAAGCCUUGGGUGUUCUUGUCGCUGAAAUCUUUUAUUCCUCCAAACUGCGGGGAUUGAGGCCAGGAACUAAUCUGAGAGAUCGUUUUCAAGCAGUAUUAAAGCUGUGCUCCACAAACCUUCGAGAUGUUCCACUACCACUCCAUCAUGCACUGGACACUCUUCUGCAGGUCCACAAGCAUUGUUUAAAGACAGAGACAAUCAUAAUGCAUCCUCAAGGACUGCCGUUUCUGUUUAAAUAUGACCCCAUUUGUGAGGGACUUCCACCACCGAACCCUUGUCAACUGCUUAGUCCCAUUCUGUCCCCUCUACCAUUCCCAGAAUACUUCCCAACAUUGCACAAAUUCAUAUUUUCCUACCACUCCAAGAUGGAAUCCAUUAACAAUAUUCAGGGCCGUGACAUUGUGUUCAACUUAUGGCAGCAACUGGAGACACUUCUAAAGGGUGACAUAACUACAGAGGGGCUUGAGAUCCUUCUACCCUUUGUUCUUUCUUUGAUGUCAGAGGAGUCCACUGCUGUUUAUGCGGCCUGGUAUUUGUUCGAGCCUAUGUCCAGGGUUCUUGGACCUCGCAAUGCCUCUAAGUACCUAAUAAAGCCUUUGGUAGGUGUGUACGAGAAUCCCAGAUGCCUUCGAGGCCGCUUCUACCUCUACACAGAUUGUUUUGUGCUGCAGCUUAUUGUAAGGCUUGGUUUGCAGGCCUUUCUUUCCAGUCUUCUUCCACAUGUUCUGCAGGUCAUGACUGGCUUUGAAAGCUGCAACACGGCUGCGGGGACAGAAUGGGAGGGCAUGAAGGUUUUGAGGGGAGCUGCUGGUGCCUCAGAUGAGGAAGAGGAGGAAUAUGAGUGUGAGGAUCGAAGAUUAUCUAAUGCCACAUCUUCUGGCAAAGUAGGAGGAGGUAGUGGAGGCGGUAGUGGGGGCGUUGGUGUUGUCGGAGACCAAGGACUUGUUGAUUACUCAUCAGGCAUCAGUCUCAAUGACCAGGUUUUUCUGAAUGAAGGUGAGGACUUCCAGAAUGGCUUUUAUGUGAGUAAUAGUGCAUCUGGGGCAACAACAAUGGUUGGCACCAAACAGCAGAACCAAAGCCCAGCAAACAAGGACCAAGACCAGGAAUCUCUCAGCGUUGGGAAACUCAGUGACAAGAGCAGUGCUAGUGAAGUCUCCAUUGGAGACCGUGCGAGUUUAAAGUCUGCUGAUAGCAGUCAGGAUCUGAAGCAAGCCAGUGAUGGUGAGGAUGGUGGAGAGCUUGAGGAUGAGGAGGAGACAGUGGAAGACAGAGAAAUCACAAUACAAAGGGUGCCAAGUCUGGAAAUGACUCUUUCAGUCAGUACUGAGGAAUCAGAAGCAACUGUGGCAACUCUUGAGGGAGAUGUCAUGAAUGGAAUUGUUCAAGACGAUGGAGAGAAAAACAUGGAGGAAGAAGAAACCGAACAUGACCCUUUAGAGGACUCUGAGGAAAAAGAACACAAGAUACUAUUAGACACUGUUUGCAAAACUGUCAGGUGGUUGUCUGCAAAACUGGGGCCAACACUAACAUCUCGAUUCAUAGCGAGGAACCUGCUGCGACUGCUUACAUCAUGUUACAUUGGGCUUGACAAACAUCAGUUCAUGCUCUCAGUGAAUGAAGAAAAUAGCCUUGAGUGUGUAGGAAGUGUAUAUGAGAAGAAGCCGGUUGUUGGAGACCAGACUGCAAGACCAGUUCUUGAGUGUCUUAUUUACAUAGCACAUCUCUACGGAGAACCAGUGUUGACUUAUCAAUAUCUACCCUACAUUGGCUACCUGGUGUCUCCACCAUCUUCAUGCCGUUUGAACACUCGAAAGGAGGCCGGGCUUUUGGGUGCUGUGGUACUCACACAGAAGAUUAUAGUCUUCCUGUCAGACACCACUCUAAUGGACAUGCUGAUGAAGAUUAACCAGGAGGUUCUGCUGCCACUGCUGGAUUUGUUAACAUCAACUAAGAUGGGCUUUCCUAGUGGAGUGCAAACUCGUUCUGCAGUGUGUCUGAAGACUUUAAGCCUCAUGGCACUGAUCUGUCUGCGCAUUGGCAGAGAGAUGGUACAGCAGCACAUGGCAGAAACUCUCUCUAGGUUCUUCCAGGUUUUCUCCUUGCUGCACUUUUUGCAAAAUCAGAUUGGAAGUGCCCCACGUAGGGAGGUUGCAGAGUGCACAUACCUGGACUUGCGCAUUCCAGAUGGAGCAGAGCUUACUUUUGAACUUGGAGUUUUGGAGGAACUUCAGGCUGUAUUUAAUCCUGAAAUGGCUUAUGCAUCUUACAUUCCUUUCUACUGUCUCAUUGGUGAUUCAGGAAUUCGCAAACUUGUUACCAAUCAUGAGCUAGUUUGGAGUCUGGCUCAAUCUUACCAUGAACGAGCAAGUCCUGGUAGCCCAGAAUCCAACCCAGUUGGAGGUCAGAGAGCCUCUGCUGUGGGUCUUUCUCCUAGUAUGGGCCGCCAGAUGAGUCGCAGUCCCUUUCCUGCUCCUUCAUCCACUUCCACACCACUAGGUGGAGACGUAUUACCUGAGUCAGGAACAUUUGGCAGUCAUCUGGUAGGAAACCGCAUCCAGGUAACUCGAGACAGUGAAGCCUGUGGGAGUCCUAACUUGUCCUCUUUGGAAACGUGGACACAUGGACGACCUUAUGGUGGCAAUGCACCUCCUAUGAGUUUAGCCACCACUGCACUUUCUUCAGCUGGACCUUCUUUCUCCCAUUCCUCGUACUCCUGGGUAAUGGGACCCACUCCAGAGGACAGUGCACUGAAACAGGACCUUCCACGCAGCAGCCGCUCACUGCAGGGCAACUGGCUUGCGUACUGGCAGUAUGAGAUUGGGCUUAACCAGCAAGACUCCCACUUCCACUUCCACCAGAUCCGUCUCCAAAGUUUUAUUGGUCAUUCGGGUACAGCAAAGUGUCUGGCACCACUAGCAGGGGAGGACUACUUCUUGUCUGGGAGUAAAGACAAAACUGUUAGGCUGUGGCCGCUUUAUAACCACGGUGAUGGCACACGAGAGGUUGAACCACGACUUACUUAUACAGAGCACCGCAAAUCUGUCUUUUAUGUCAGUCAGUUAGAGGCUUUACAGGAGGUGGUGAGCUGUGAUGGCACUGUGCAUCUGUGGGAUCAAUUCACAGGUAAGAAUAUUCGCUGUAAUGAACCUCUGGACGGGAAGAACCCAAUCACGGCUGUCACCACAAUGCCUGCUCCCCACUGCAGUGUAUUGUUUGCUAGCGCUGACUCUGUGCUGCGUUUCAUAGACCCACGCAAACCAGGCCUGCAGCAUGAGUUCCGUCUAGCAUACAGUAACAUGAGUGCAGGGUUAAUUCGCUGUCUGGCUGUUAGUCCAGGAGGACGCACCAUUGCUGCUGGAUUUUCCACUGGUUUUAUAGUCCUGCUGGAUGCAAGAACAGGUCUGGUGCUGAGGGGCUGGCCUGGUCACGAGGGAGAUAUACUACAAAUGAAAGCAGCAGAGGGGAAUCUGCUGGUCAGUUCUUCAUCUGACCACACACUGACCGUUUGGAAAGAUGUGGAGCACAAGCCACUCCACCAGUACAGGACUCCAUCUGACCCCAUCCAUGCAUUUGAUCUUUACGGUGCUGAGAUUGUGGCGGGUACUGUUGCCAACAAAAUCGGAGUGUACUCCAUUCUGGACAGCACAGCCAGUCUGGCAGGAUCCACCAAACUCAGCACGGAGAACUUUCGUGGGACCCUCACAAGUCUGUCUGUCUUGCCCACCAAGAGGCUACUGCUGCUCGGCUCUGACAAUGGUGCCAUUAGGCUGCUGGCUUGAACAAACUACUGUUUCCUUUUCACAAAACAAUAUUCCUCGUGCCACUUCUGGCUCCUUCACCAGAAUGAAACGAUCUUGCCAACCAUGCACAAAGACACCCGUUUCAGUCACAGAAGGAGCAAGCCUGAUAUUUACAUUUUAACCUCGCUGAAAGAGAACUUACAACCUCCGCGCUCUUUAGUAAGUGACCAAAACUGAAAAUUGCCUCUGAUUCAUACAAUCAAAAGAAUAGUCUUUUUUUUAAAUGAUUUUUAGGGUUCAUGUUCUAUAAACUAGCUGCUUUGUAUGUAUUAUUUGACUCUUCAGAAAGGAUGGAUUCUUAGAUGCAUGCAUGAGAUGAGCUGCUCAGGAAGUUGGUUCUAGUGUAGCGUUUACACUUCUUUCCAUCAGACAAGUGAAAUCACCAAAAACAUCACUGUGAGAAUCACAGGUUAGAUAUUUGUUGAUCAUAUCAUAUGAUUCCAUUCACCAGACUUGCUCAGCAACUAUGCAGUAUUCAUGGUAGAUGUUUAUAGUGCACAAUAUAUGGCAAUUUUUUUGUUUUCAAUGCUACUCUGUAUGUUUCUAUAUCCACGUCAAUGGAGCGUAAUGAACAAGACAAAUGUGAUCAAAUGAUGACUCUUCAUUCUGUUACUCUACACUGAUUGAGAGUGUAAACACUCAAUAUGCAAUGGGAUGGUCCUGAAUCCUGAAUUUGGACCUUUUGACAUUUAAAAUAUGGCUGUUGAUUAUAUGGAACAGUUUGAUGUAGUAAUUGAUUUGAUUUUCACAUCAACCCCAGGUCAAGUGACAUGUUACAUUUUUACGCACACCAUACUGUGUGUAUGUUUGUAUAUACAUACACAUUUAUAAAUAUAAAUAUAUAUAUCUAUGUUGAAUCCAAUGCUUACUAUCUAAAAGAAUACUUUUAUGCGACAUCUUUGAAAAGAUAAGAACUAGGAACUAACGUAUUUAAUUUAUUACUGGGAUGUUUUAUGUAAAACAUUAUUAUCUCCAGACAUUCCAAUUCUAUAAUGUUAGGAAUAUAUAGUGAAUAAUUAUUCAGAAUGCUAAAAUAUACAUUUAUGGUUCGCUAAUUCCCCUCAGUAUAAUUUCAAUUUAUAAAGUAUGAAGAUUUGGCUUAUGAUUUUUUUUUUUUUGUUUCGAAUUUAGGUAACAAUAGAGUUUUAUUUAUUGAACUUACAUUGAACAAUGCUACUGCAUUUACUAAUAUAUAUUUAAGUUAAGUUAACAAUAGUUUAUGCACUGAACUAACAUGAACUCAAACAUUAACAAGUGGUAAUAUAUGCAGUAAAAAAUAAAAUCAUUGUUAGUUUAUGUUACUUAAUGCAUUAACUACAAAUGAGUUCUUACCGUAACUGUAAGUUUUCAUUUUGGAAAGCACAUUUUAUGUUACUAAAAGUGUUCAGCAAAUCCUAUAGAGAAAUUGGAAAAUUGCAUAUGGUUUCAAAUCAGAGUCCUUAAACACACUUAAAAUGCAGCUUCAUGAUUUUGAUCAUUCAUGCUAUAGAUCAUGUCCAUUUGAGACUGACCAACACAUUAGCCAUUCCCCUUUUGUAUUUCAUUGCAAGUAUUUUUUUUUACUUUUAAACUGUGACCCUUUUCUAUAUACUCACCUUUUCAAUGAUUUCAAGUAAAAGAAAUUAAACCCAAA